AUGCCGCAGCUUUCUGAGAUGAAAAGCAUCAAUGCCUUGAACUUGGAGCCGGCCUUGCCGAAGUUUGAUGACAAGACCCGAUCGGAUUGGAUCAACUUCAAGCAGUCGCACACGCGCCAGGGGCAGGGAAACGUGCCGGCGCGCGAAGAGCUACAACAGUCUCUUCAGGCCAUCCAACAAAAGGAAGGCAACGGCAAGAAACCGACUGCACAGGGUCUGGAACGUACCAAUUCUAGUGGAGGAGGAAAUCACAGGGAAGGGACUCCCGCUGAGGAGUCGAAGGGUGAUGGAAGCUCCAAGUUUUCAUUCAAUCCAUCAGCCAAGGAAUUCUCUUUCAAUCCACAGGCAACCGCCUUCACCCCCACCAGCUCCAGUGCGGUGGCGCGCAACGGCGGGGAUGCGAAGCCGACUUCAGGAAGCAAGAAGGACACGGGAGGCGACAAGAACAGCGCUAUGGCGCCGGGACCGUUGCAGAAUGCACGGGCUCCGGGAGCGACCAAGUCCUUCUCCGACUUCCUGAAGCCGGCGAAAACCGGAGGAAAGAAGCAGACGGCAGAUGAUUUGCUGUCGAGGCUUUUAAAAGAGUGCCACAACCCGCAGAACUGCUCGCCCAAUUGGGAAUCUGCAAAGGGGCCAUCCUACAAAGAAGUUCUAGGACGGCCCACGGAAGGGCACCAGACUGCGCUGGCGCUGCAGUUGCAACAGCAUAUGCAACAGUCGUCUCAGAUGAAGCAGAUGCCGAGCUCGCAGCAGAACCAGCAAUCGAACCAGCAAUCGCAGCAGCAAAAUACACAGCAAAAUACGCAGCAGAUGCAGCAAAACCAGCAAAUGCAGCAGAUGCAGCAAAUGCAGCAGCAGAUGCAGUCUCAACAAAACACGCAGCAGGCACAACAGUCGCAGCAACCGUCGCAGCAAAUGGGAAUGCAAAUGAUGCAACCACAAGGCGGCUUCAUAAUGGCUGUGCCAGGGUGUGGCAACCAGCAGAUGUUGCAGCAACAGAUGUUUCAACAGAUGCCUCAAGGGGCUGGACGUGGUAACAAUUCCCAGGGCCAGGGAAUGCAGUCGCAACAGCAACCGCAGAUGCAGAUGGGCCAACAAAGUGGCCAGGGACAGCAGCAGAUGGGCGGCUGCCCUCAAAACAUGAUGGGGGGUCAAUUUGUGGCUCUGCAGGGAAACAUGGCCCAGGGCAACGUGGGCAUGACCGGCAUGGGGGCCAUGCCCAAAUUCGGAGCACAAGUGGUUCCCAUGAUGGUGCCUGCUGGGCAGUUCCCGCAAGGCUUUAUGCCCCAGGGAAUGCAGGGCGGCACCAUGCAGGGUAUGCAGCCACAAAUGGGCGAUGGCAGCAUGAUGCCGCAGAUGCAGAACCAGAUGAUGCAGCAAGGGCCUAUGCAGGGGUGCGGCUACCGCGGCAUGGGAGGCCCUGGCGAAUGA